AAGAAUGUCCGUGCUUUGCUCUGUACGGCUGCCCAUUAAUUUGUUAAUACGCGCAUAGAUUGAAGAUACUUACUUAGCUUAAGCCAAAAGUUGAUACUUUCACAUCAGCAGGACAUGGAUAUACUGGACAUCGACGAAGCAUUAAAGGAUGAUUCAUACAUUUUUCUGGCAGAUAAAACGCACGAUGAUAUCUCAAACAUUCUUCAGCAGUGGAAAACAAAUAAUCAACAGCAGUCGCAGAUGCAGCCGCAACUGCAUUCGCAGCCAAACAAUGAACAAGCAUACAAACUUAAUUCGAAGACGUUUACGAGACCCAAACGCAGAUCACAGGCGGCGGCAAAUCUGGAGACACAAUUCACGCAUGUAUCCCAAACAGAAAAUAAUACAUCGCCCACGACAAAUUCAGGAUCGCUGAUGCUUAGUCUAGAAAUUGGAGGACUUGUAACCAACAUGCAUAAAUCCUUUCUGCAGGACACUUCUCCACCAUCGUCUAUCUGUACAUCUAUAAGCAACGGAUGCAUGAAUAGUUCACUUAUCAGCUCCGCUGACUUUACAAAUCUCAACUUUCUGCAAUCGAUCAACAGUCUGGAACCAACGGAGUCGGAUCCAGCAGAUCAUAAUCUGACAACGACGGCAACGCUGAUCAAUGAGGGGGGCUACACGCUGAGCGACAUGAUAAGGGACCGCAAAGCUCUCGAAUCGCUGAGCAUGUCUGGAGAUGGCACGUUAAUUAAGGAUUCGCAUAUUGGCCAGAUCGAUGACAUAUCAUUGACGACGCUAAGCAAAACUGCUUCUGGUUGCAGCACAAUGGAUAACAGUACUGACAGCGUGUCCAUGCCAAAUGAAAUCCAGGUGCCAGCACAAGCACAUACACAUGCCCAAUCGCAGUUGUGCACAACUAUGGUGUUGAGUGAGGAGAUGAUUGGCGAUACCACAUUCAGUCUGGUAGACAGCUUAACAUCACGUACAACUACAGAAUCUAUGUGUGAGGGGGAGACAACUUCCACGUUUAAACGACCAACGGCCAUAAACACUACAGUGUUAAAUGAAACACAGCUCCUUGCGGGGCGACAGAUUAACAGCACCUUCACGGAAAACUGUCAUACGCCCGAGGCAGCCCGCUGUGAUACACCUGAGAAUCUUGAAAACAAAUUGUCUUCUGUCCAGAUGCAAUCUACACCCCUGACCACAGCAAGUGGCCGUUCUCAAUACAAUAGCAACAAUAAUAAUAAUAAUAAUAAGCCGCUAAGCUAUACGCCUACACUAAAAGGCCGUGACGAAGUAAUAAACAUAUCUCCGAUUGUGGGCAGCACUACGCCUCACAAAAGCCGACAACAGCUCAACCAUACCUAUGAACCACCAACAGCAAUAUUAAAGGAUCUUCAGCUUGAGGUGGCGCCUGACGGUUUUAACAGCCAACAGUUUGUGGCAAAUACAAUGCAGUUGCUCGAGCAAAUCGAACAGCCUACCUUAGAUGCAACCUACAACAAGUCGGAAGAGCAUAGGCAAAUGCAGUGCGUCAUGGAUCUGGCCGAGGCUGAGGUGGAGCUGCUCGCUCAACAGGGUGAUGAAGAGCAAUUUGAGCAUAUGCUGGCUGAGCUUGGAAAAGUAAAUGCUCUUAAUGCAGAGCAGCUGAAAAUGCAAAAAUCACUGGACAGUAUAAAGCGUCGUUUUCAUAAAGAUGAGGAGCCUUACAUUCAGCCGGAGCAGCAGCAGCAGCAGAUAGUGGAUCUUCAGCAUGUUACACCCCCAUCCGCGCAGUCACAAUUAACAAGCAGUCAUAGUCAAUCUUCCAGCAGCAGUGAGCGACUGCUCAGCCGACGUAGUCGCCUCUAUGACGAUGUCAAUUUGAGCGCAAUGCAUAACAGCGAUACCAGCAACGCCAGUUGUAAUUCUACUUCGUUCAUUGUUCAUCGACGCGAAGAGGAGCCAGCCAAGAAAGCCGAGGUUUACACCCCACUACAUGAGACUGACAAGCAGGAAGCGGACAUGGAAGGGGAAAAACAGGAGGCUUCCAGCUAUAAGGUCACAGGGCGACGUAAUAGAGAUCGAGAACGGUUCAAAACUAUCAAAAUAACUAAAGAAAUGCGCGCACGCGACGAGGAGCUGGGAAACAUUGUUGUGCCUUGUAUUGAUGAUGAAGAGCCGCAGAAUGAGCCAUUGGAUACAGUAAAAUCUGAGAAUCGACAGGAGUCAUUUCAUGGACGUCUUUCACGACUCGAUCAGACAUCUCUCAGCAACAUAAACGAUGUGGGCAACAAUACCGUCUCCGGCAGCAAUUACUUGACUUACAAGAAGCCAAAGGAGAAAUCGUUGCUGAUGCAUCAACAGCAGCAGCAGCAGCCCCAAUCAUCAUUAGCCGAAUCGGGCCAGAAUGCACGGCCACAGCCGCGUUCGCUAUCUCGACCGCGCUACAUCAGCGGCUUGCAAAAGCUCAGUACUGUGAGCAAAGCAACUUCCGCUGGCGCUGGUCUGAACGCAACAACAUUAGCAAACUCAAAAGCAACGACGGAAUCUGUGCCAAAAGCUAGUGACUUUGAAGGGCUAAAAAGUCCAAUGGGCAUUAAGUCGAAGUCAUUUCACAAUUUGUCCUCCAACAUUAGCGGGUUUGUGAGUGCUGGCGGUACUGUAGAUGCGUUGGCGCCUCGACCUAGUUUGGGUGGCGCCUUGAGACGACCCAGCGUCCAAGUAAGCAAGCUGACAAAUCUGUUUCGAGCAACCCAACAGCAUGAGCAGGAUGGAACUUCCGUAUUCAAAGUGCCCAAGUUAGUCAGCGGAUUGCGUGCACCGACGAAUGCGGGUGUAAAGCGAACUGUGGGCAAUGGACUCGCCCGUCCUUCGUCCGGAUAUUAUAGUCUGAGCGUGAAAGCAGCUGGGGAAUCUGAAACACCCGAGAGCCUGUCUUCUGCAUCGUCUCGUGGCAGCCUGUAUGGCAAGGACACGAAACCAAACGACCCAUUUGAUACACAGGCGCUUAGCUUGAAGCUCACACAGGUGACAACCGGUGCAACGGGCAUCCCGAAGCCAUCGGGUCUGCGGCAACCGACACAAAUGAAACGCAGUGGAUUGCCGCGACCAUCAAGCAUACUAAGGCGUUGACCCACAUGAAAAAUACAACGACCACUCGACCAGAAGACUAAUAUAGAAGAUAUGACCAUAGAAAACAGAAAAGUGCUUCGUUUAUUCAAUUUUGUUUUCUUUACUCGCUUUGUUAUGUGCGUUACUUAUUUCAAACUCCCUCUCUAAGAAGAAUUUGUUGCCGUACUGUCCAUUCGUUUUCAGAUUUAGCAUUUAUUUUAUGCAUUCAUUAGUUGAAAGCAUUUCCAUUUAGUUGAAAGCAACCUCGACUUAUGUAAACGCGCCAAUACCGAAUAAAAAACACACACUAUGCCUUAACGAAAAACGGAGAUAACUCCAUGUGAAUCGUAUAGUAAUGAAACGAAAACUAUUGCUGUAUAUUUUUGUAAAACACGCAAAAAUAAUUAUAUUAACGUUAAUUGUUGUAGUUGAGCGCUGCAAAUAAGGAAAUCGAAUAAAAAAAUUAUCUAUAUAUAUAAAUAAACUUAUCAUUAAUUGAACCGUAUCCCUAUCCCUGCUCAGUGGCUAGACCACAAAAACAAACAACAAAAAUGUAAUAUCUACAUGAUAAGCCUAUUAACUAUAAUAAAACCUGUUACCAGUCUAAA